GCUCCCAGUGGAAGAGCCUGUUGGGCUCAAUCCCAAGACCCUGGGAUCACGCCCCGAGCCGAAGGCAGAGACGCUUAAUGACUGAGCCACCCAGGCGCCCCUUUCAGUGAGCUUAUAAUCUGAUGGAGAAGUGAAAAGGCAGCGAACAUUUAUUUAUGCAAAAUGAUCAGUGCUGUAGGUGUAGACUAGACUUCCUCCAGAGUAGUGGGGAAGGACCGUUCAUAGGCCGUAUGAAUACCUUUGGGUGAGUUAGAAAAAGGGUCCUUGCCUUGAGUGGUGAAGCUCUGUGACAGGCCACAAUCUAGCAAGAGGAGAUCUAUUUUUACCUCCUUUUUGCCUCCUUGAUGAGAGAUCCUUGAAUGGCAUAUGGCCUGCACAAUCAUACUUACUGUUGGAGGGAGGAGGGGUUGGGAGGUGUGAUUCCUGAGUUGUAUCUUGAAGGAAGAGGAAGAGAUCUGCAGGCAUAGGUGAGAUGGCUGGCAUUUGGGCCAGAGUAUUCAAAAGUUUCCCCUCCCCACUUGACUUGGAACCGUGAGCAUCUUAAAAUGCCAGGGAAUGUUCUAUAUCCUUUUUUCUUCCUAGGAUGAAUACCAUAAUCUAUUUAAUCAGCCCCUUGUUCCAUAGCUAAAUUAUUGCCAAUGUUUUAUUAUUUAACAGAGCUUAUUGCAGUGAUCAUCUUUGUUGUUGAAUUUUUGUCUUCAUCACUGAUUAUUUUCUUGGACUAAAUUCCUAAUUUUUCAUUUCUUGUGGAUUAGAAUUUCUCAAACUUUACUUCAGAGCAUUUUUAAUUUUAAUAUUUUUAUGAUCAGUAGUAGAUUUAAGAACUAUAAUUCACGUUCUGAUUAAAGUGACCUGCUAAAUGAGUGUCAUUAGCAAAUUUUAUGGUAAGAAAUUAUAAAAUUUGGUUAAUAAACUUAAAAACUUAUCAAAUAAAAAAUAACAGGAUAGUAAAAUUGUCUUUAUUUUAUGUAAAAGACACAUUGAGCAACUUAUAUCAAAGCAAAACACCUUUUCUGAUCAGAUACAAUGCCACAAAACAUGUACUACUAAUGGAACUUGUUUCCUAAGCAUUUAAACAUCUUAGAUGUAAGCAGAGUUGUUAUUUGUGAGAGGAAAAUAUUUGAAGAGUGGCAGAGUAUGGUAUAAAGAUUAAUAACAUGACUGUGGCACUGGACUGCAUGGGUACAAAUUCUAGCUCCACUAUAUACUAGAUAGAUCACCUUAAUUUCAGUUUCCUCAACCAUAAAAUGGGAAUAAUACCAGUAUCUAAUAUAUAGUACUGUUGUGAGCACUAAUGAGUUAAUGUAUUGAAGUAUUUAGAAAAGUACCUGGCACAUGAUAAGCACUAUAUAAACUUUAGCUUUAUAUGCUAUUUGCCUAAAUAGCUACUGUUUGCCUAUGUGCCCUUGUAGUUCUUCAUACAAUAUAUAUAAUACACACGUGAUAUACACAGUGUAUCGUAUAUGUGAAAAACCUACAAUAUGAUGUUUGAUGCACAAGAAACCCUAAACAUCAGGAGGCUUUUUAUAUCCAAUGGAAUACUAAUUUUAAAACUAAUAAUAAUUUACACUGAAUUUGAGAGCGUCCUUGGUCUGAGUAGUAUGGACUGAGCUCACUUUACGCUGUCUUUCCCACUGAAAGUUGCUGUAAAACCAGAACAGCGUGCCUGGAGCAGCAUUUUGAAGUCUCUAAAAAGUAAAUAGUAGCAGGCUGAUUGGGGAAGAAACCCAAAAUGCGAUGUGUUCACCUUUUUUUUUUUUUUUCCCUCCCAAUAUGUCCUAGCAUGGAUUCAGCAAAGCACAAAACCCAGAAGGGGGUUGUGGCAUGGAUAAAAAGAACUGCAGGAGAAAACCUAGUUCAGUCUCAAGAAGUAGGAAGGGUGGUGGAUGCUCUAAUGCUCAGAGAGGGUGGAUGGAAAUCUGCCUUAAAAAACAAGUUCUCUGUUUUCUCGUGCCCUGAGAUAGUAGCAGUGGGGUCUGCAGAAGUCUUAAACUCUGAAGGCGGAGAAAUUUUCUCUAUGAUUGAAGAAGCUAUGUUCCCCAGAGGGUGGAGUAGACUCUUACUGCCCUUUCUUCCCCCCUGCUUUUCUUCUUUCCUUUCUUGGCCCCGGGGCGGGGGUACAGUGAGUAUAGGUGCACAGUAGAGUCAAUAAGGCCCAGUUAUUUGACCAGGAAACUGAAAAGGGGGAACCCCUAAGAAAUAGAAAACACUGGAGAGACCACAGAGAAGGAGGAGCUUUGGGAAUCAGCUAUAUGAAAUUGUUUAUGACCUCCUGGGCUCACUCUAAGUUGCUCAUGCAUGUAUCUGGCCCUGAAGAGCAUACCAUAGUCUAUGAGAAGUGGACUCCAGGAUAGAUCGCUGGCCACCGAGUAGUACACAAAUAGGACAGUGGUGAAUAUCACUUCGUAGACUUUGGAAAUGGAGCCUGAACAAAGUAUCAACAUUCUCCAUAUAAUUUAAACAAGGCAUAGAGUCUCCUGACAUCCAGAAUGUCAAGGGUACUACCUAAAAUUACUCAGCUAAUGAAAAACUAGGGAAAUUUCAAUUCAGGGAAAAGAGAAUCACCAGAUACCAACAUUGAUGUGACGUAUAUGUUGGAAUUAUCUGAUAAAGGUUUUAAAGCAGCUGUUACAAAAAUACUCCAACAAGUAAACACUCUUAAAGCAAGUAGAUCGAUAGAAAUAGAAAAUAUCAAUAAGAAAUGAAGAAUAUAAUUACCAAAAUAAGCUCACUGGUUGGGCUUAGUGGCAUUAUGGAGAUGACAGCGGAAUUAGUGAACCUGAAGGUAAACAGAAACUGAUCUGAGCAAUAGAUAAAAGAUUGAAGAGAGCCUCAGGGCCCUGUGAGACAAUACCGAAAUGUUUAACAUUUGUAUCAUUGAAGUCCCAAAAAAGAAAAAUUGAAGUAUAGAAAAAAUACUGAAGAAAUAAUGGCUGAAAAAUUCCCAACUUUAGUGAAAGACAUUAACUUGUGGAUCCAUGAAGCCCAGCAAACUCCAGCAUGAUAAAAAAAAUCCUUGCUUGGGAGCUUCAUAAUCAGACUGCUGAGAACUACAGACAAGGGAAAGACCUGGAAAGCAGCCAGAGAAAAAUGAUGCUUAACAGAUAGGGCAGCAGCGAUUUCAGUUCUGUGGAUUUUCCAUCAGAAAUCAUGGCAGUCAGAAGGAAGUACUACAACUUAAAAAGUACUCAGAGAAAAGAACUGUCAACCCAGCAUUAUCUGUCCAGCAAAAAUAGCCUUCAGCGUUGAAGGUGAAAUAGUUUCUCAUAUGAAGGAAAAGUAAGAAAAUUCAUUGAUGGAUUUCUAAAAGAAUUGCAGAAGGAAGUUCUUCAGAUAGAAAUUAUAAGAAGGGAACCGGAACAUCAGGAAUGAAGAAAGUACAACAGAAAUGGAUUCAGUGACUUUCACGGAUGUGGCCAUAGACUUCUCCCAAGAUGAAUGGGAAUGGCUGAGUCUUGCUCAGAGGACUUUGUACAAGAAAGUGAUGCUAGAGAACUACAGGAACCUGCUUUCAUUGGGUCUUUGCAUUUCUAAACCAGAUGUAAUCUCCUUAUUGGAGCAAGGUAGAGAGCCUUGGAUGAUGAAAGGAGAGAGGACAAGAGGCCUCUGCCCAGACUUGGAGUAUGUUUGGAUGACCAAGGAAUUGUCUCCAAACCAGGGCAUUUAUGAAGAAAAAUUAUCCCAGGCAAUGAUAAUGGAAAGACUUCCAAGCUAUGACCUUAAAUGUUCCACAUUAGGGGUAAACUGGAAAUAUGAAGACCUAUUUAAGAGGGAGCUGGUAAGUCAGAAGACACACUAUAGUCAAGAGACAGUCACUCAUAUAGAUACCCUUACUGAGAAAAGAGACCACUUUAAGAAAUCUGGGACAGUUUUUCAUCUGAAUAGAUUAUCUUAUUUAAAGCAGGUAUUUCCCAUCGAAGAGAAAAUAUAUAAUUUUGACACAAAUAAGAAAAGUUUAAAAACACAUUCGUUCAUAAAAAAACACAAGCAAGUCUAUGGAGAAAAGAAACUUUUGAAAUGUAAUGACUGUGAGAAAACUUUCAGCAAAAUCUCAACUCUUACCCUUCAUCAAAGAAUUCAUACCGGAGAGAAGCCCUAUGAAUGUAUUGAAUGUGGGAAAGCCUUCAGCCAGAGUGCCCACCUUGCUCAACAUCAGAGAGUACAUACAGGAGAGAAACCCUUUGAAUGUACUGAAUGUGGGAAAGCCUUCAGUCAGAAUGCUCAUCUUAUUCAACACCAGAGAGUUCACACUGGAGAAAAACCUUAUCAAUGUAAGCAGUGUAAUAAAGCCUUCAGCCAGCUUGCGCAUCUUGCUCAACACCAGAGAGUUCACACUGGGGAGAAGCCCUAUGAAUGUAUUGAAUGUGGGAAGGCUUUUAGUGAUUGUUCAUCCCUAGCUCAUCAUCGAAGGAUUCACACUGGAAAAAGACCAUAUGAAUGUAUUGACUGUGGGAAAGCUUUCAGGCAGAAUGCUUCUCUUAUACGUCAUCGGAGGUAUUACCACACUGGAGAGAAGCCAUUUGAUUGUAUUGAUUGUGGGAAGGCUUUCACUGAUCACAUAGGCCUUAUUCAGCAUAAGAGAAUUCACACUGGAGAGAGACCUUACAAAUGUAAUGUGUGUGGGAAGGCUUUUAGCCACGGCUCGUCCCUGACUGUACAUCAGAGAAUUCAUACAGGAGAGAAACCUUAUGAGUGUAAUAUCUGUGAGAAAGCUUUUAGCCAUCGUGGCUCACUUACCCUUCAUCAAAGAGUUCAUACUGGAGAGAAACCCUAUGAAUGUAAAGAAUGUGGAAAGGCUUUUCGGCAGAGCACACACCUUGCUCAUCAUCAGAGAAUUCAUACUGGAGAGAAACCUUAUGAAUGUAAGGAAUGCAGCAAAACUUUCAGCCAGAAUGCACACCUUGCACAACAUCAGAAAGUACACACUGGAGAGAAACCUUAUGAAUGUAAGGAGUGUGGGAAGGCUUUCAGUCAGAUUGCACACCUUGUUCAACACCAGAGAGUUCAUACUGGUGAGAAGCCUUAUGAAUGUAUUGAAUGUGGGAAGGCCUUUAGUGAUGGCUCGUAUCUUGUUCAACAUCAGAGACUGCACACUGGCAAAAGACCAUAUGUAUGUCUUGAAUGUGGAAAGGCAUUCAGACAGAGGGCAUCCCUGAUUUGUCACCAGCGGUGUCAUACAGGUGAGAAACCUUAUGAAUGUAAUGUUUGUGGGAAAGCCUUUAGCCAUCGUAAAUCCCUUACUCUACAUCAAAGAAUUCAUACAGGAGAAAAACCUUAUGAGUGUAAGGAAUGCAGCAAAGCCUUCAGCCAGAUUGCCCAUCUUACGCUUCACAAGAGAAUUCAUACUGGAGAAAGGCCCUAUGAAUGUAAAGAAUGUGGGAAAGCCUUCAGGCAGAGUGUACAUCUUGCUCAUCAUCAGCGAAUUCAUACUGGGGAGUCAUCCUCAAUUAUUCCUUCCUCCUCACCCCCAUACCACCAAGUCCUCUAGAUUCAGUCUUCUAAAUGCCUCUAGGAUCUGUCCACUUUUUCCCAGGCUGUAGCCCAUCAUCAUAGUCCCAGAUGAAACCAUUUCAUUUUUAUUUUUACUGUAGUGUUACAACCAUUAUCCCUGUUGCUGCCCUCAAGUGCAGUUUUUUGAAAAUUUUAUUUAUUUGAGAGAGAGCAAGAGAGAGAGUAUGAGCAGGGAUAAAGGGGCAGAAGGAGAGGGAGAAGCAGACUCCCCGCUGAGCAGGGAAGCCUGACAUGGGGCUCGAUCCCAGGACCCCAGGAUCAUGACCUGAGCUGAAGGCCGACACUCAACCAACUGAGCCACCCAGGCGCCCCCUCAAGUGCAUUUUUAACACUGUAGCCAGCUUACUCUUUUAAAAAUAAAAAUCUAUGUUACUUUCCCAUUUAAAAUAUUUGUCUUUAAGAAUAUGUUAGAUAGUCCAUAUUGAGGGCUUAGCACACAAUCCUUGACAUAUAAUCAGUGCCAUAGAGGUAAACGUUUCCUUGCUGUCUUGUUUAGCCACAUGUAAAAUCUAGUAGGUCAAGACUAAGAAACCUAUAGAUUUUAGAGAUGACAAAGGACCCUCUACUUUCCCAGGAGGUAGAAAAAUGAACACAUUCAUAAUUGAAAGAUUCUCUGAUGAACAAGGUAACAGUGGUGGCUUACCACUCCCUCUGUGUGAAUAAAUACAAGGACUUGUAGCAUUGCUGAUGAGGGACUUCCACUUUCCCUGACACUUAAAAUUUAGAAUAGGCCCGUUAGAACAAAGGCAUCUGGUAGAAUGUAGGACCAGCCAGGUAUUAAAAGCAAACUAAAGUCGGCAAGCUAGAAAACUUGAAUAGAUUAAUAGCCAUGAAAUAAACAGAAAGAGGUAGUUUAACACUUUCACCUGUAGAAAAGCACAAACAAUUCCUGUGAUAUUUGAAUUGUUCUAGAGCAUAAAAUAAAUAAGUAAAGCUGCCAUCCUAUUCUAUGAGACUGACAAAACUGGUACCAAACAAAAACAUAUGCUGCAAUUAGCUUAUGAAUGUAGAUGUUAAAAGUUAAACUUACUUUUUAAAUAUUAAAAGGUAGAGUAAAUGGAAAGCUAGACAUGUCUUUGUAUAGGAAGAGUCUGGCAAAGAUAUUUAUCCCUGUGUUAAGUAUGUAAAUUGAUAGUCCAAUAAAAAUUCCAAUGUAUUUUUAAGUUGAGAAGCUGAUUCUGACCACCUAUAGAAUAUGGAAUUGUGGUGUAGGAAGGCAUGUAGUACUCACCUACUUAACAGUAACUGAGCAUUUACUGAUGUGCAAGGCCCUGUUUUAGGUGCUGGGGAUACAGCAGAGUGCAAAAUAUGCAAGUUUUUGCCCUGACAGACAUAGUGGGAGAAGACAGACAAAGUUGAAAUACAUAUUAUGUGAUAAGUAUGCAGUAUGUACCAUAACGAGAAAUCACUGAAAGAGGGAGCUAGGGAGUGAUGGCAAGGAGUGCCUUACUAUUGCCAGAACAGAUGGGCAUUAGAAGCAGGUAACUGUCAGACACAAUGGGCAUAAUGAGAAUAGUCAUUUUAGUCCUAAGGUAGAUAAUUAUGCUUUCAGUGUUGCAGGAAGAGAGAAUUGAUGGUUUAAGAAGGAUCAUGAGAGUUCUCUUCACUCUAUGUCAAUAGUGAUUUUGGGUCUGGUGGAGGGUUUUUUGUUUGUUUCUAUUUUUGUGGGGUUUUUUUUGUUGGUUGGUUUUUUUGGGGAACAGCCUUACUGAGAUAUAAUUCACAUACCAUACAAUUCACCCAUUUAAAGUAUACGAUUCAGGGGGUGCCUCGGUGACACAGUGGUUGAGCGUCUGCCUUCAGCUCAGGGCGUGAUCCCGGCGUUAUGGGAUCGAGCCCCACAUCAGGCUUCUCCGCUGUGAGCCUGCUUCUUCCUCUCCCACUCCCCCCGCUUGUGUUCCCUCUCUCGCUGGCUGUCUCUAUCUCUGUCGAAUAAAUAAAUAAAAAAUCUUUAAAAAAAUAAAGUAUACGAUUCAGUGACAGUAUGUUCAGAUUUGUGCAACCAUUACAUUUCAUUACCUAGAAAAGAAUACCCUCACUCCUGGAGGAGUACUUUUACUGGGAGCACACAGUGCUUUUGGGUUCUCUCUUUUGACAGUUGCCUGUGGCAGCAUAGAAGGCCAUGUGAGGGGAGCUCUUAUCCAGAGGGCAUGAGUGCUAGAAAAUGGAGCUUUGGGGCUCUCUUUACUUUGGAAUAGAGACUAAGGGGAUGGGUGGUCCUAUUAGACUCCCCUAUGUAUGAUAAAAAGGAUUUUUCAUUGCAGUGGGGAGAAGAUGGAUUAAUCAAAUGGUAUUGAGACACUUAGCUCUAUGGAAAGACAGAACUAUACCUUGUACACUAAUGAAGCUCUGAAAGAUCAAAGAUCUAAGAAUAGUAUUAAAGUACAAGAAAAACAAUAUUUCUCUAACUUUGAGGCAGACCUUCUAAAGUAUUACACAUAACCUAGGAACUGACAUUAAGGUAACAUGUAUGUGUGGAAAAUAUCAAGAGUCAAAGUCAAAUACACAAAUAUGAGAUUGGAAGAAAAUGUUUACAAACCAUUAUAACAAAGGAUAAUAAUCCCUGAUAUUCAAAGCAUUAUUACAAAUAAAUGAUAGUAACAUCGGCAAUUCAGUAGAAAAAAUGGACAAAGCUAAUGGCCAGUUCAAAGAAGAUGAAAAACAGCUAAUGGAAAUGACCCAGUAUCACUAGUAAUCAAGGAAAUGCAAAAUAAAGUGAUGUUAUAUCUACUUUUUUCCCCAAUAGGUUGAUUUUAAAUCACAGAAAAGUGAUUGUAUAUAGUGACUGUGUCAAAAACAAGACAAUUCCAUUGUCGGUUAUAUAAAUUUAUGUGUGUAUAUACCAUUGGAAUCAUUAUUCCUCAGAAACCAAAGUGUACAAAGGUAGGUAAAUGUAUAAUGGCAAAAAUAAUUUUUAUAAUGGUGAUCUCAACUCUAUUAGGAACUAUUAGGGUACUGGGUAAGUGGGUAAGUUAAUUAUGGUGUAUUCAUUCAAUAGAAUUACAUGCAGCUGUUGGAAAAAGAACUAUAAAUGUGUAUAUAGCCAUAGAAGGAGAGUUGUAUUUAUACUAAAUGGAAAACAUUUUCAGAUCUGUAUUCCAGUAUAAACUCAUGAUUGCAAUAUCAAAAAUUAAAAUUAAAAUAUGUAUUUUUUUUGUUUCUGCCCUGUUUUCCAUGCCUCCUUCUUUUGAAUACACCAUCUCUUUUCCUUUGAGCAGCUCACCAUCCUGUACCAUAUGGCUUUGACGGUCUUGGCUAAUCAGAUUCUCUCUGGACUUUGAAUGGCAGUUGGGUCUGUGUCAUCCAGUGGCAGCUGCCUAAAGGGAUGCUGCUGGUGUUCUCAUGGCUGAGAUCUUUGGGGUCACUCUAGUUUUUGUGCUUUCUAAGGCUGUAAUUCCUCGAACUACCCACUAUUCUUCCAGUAUGUCAUUUUUUACCUGCAUUUGCUUACAAUUAAAGAAGCUUAACCAAUACAGAGUUUGGUAUGAAGAUUGGCCAUAGGCUGUAGAAUCUUUGGAAAAUUUGAGGUAUUAGGGAUUGGUUUUUAGGUGAGAUGGAGCAAGUAUGACUCCCGUUUCUUUUCUAGCCUAAGAAAGUGGGAGCUCAUGGUGUGUACUGGGUAAACAUCCCAAAAAAUUUUUAUCUGUAGUCACCUGAGAUGAAUAGAGGUCAGGGAUUCUGGAUUAUGGCAGUUUAAAGAGGAAGAGGAAUGCUAAGUCCAAAGAGUGUAUAUGAUGCUGGUAUCUAAUUGCUUUGGGUCAUUUAAAGCUCAGAUCUUGAACUUCCGGCAUCAAGGCAAAACAUUUCAACUAAGGAUCUUUGUAUGAUAUUGUUGAAAGAUGUCUUAUGCUAUUUGAAGUCAUAGGGUUAAGAUUACUCAACCAAAUCGAAAGACUCCUUUGAUGGUUUCCUCAAGUGGGAUGCUGUUAAAUUCCAUAUUUUAUCGAAGAGUGGUUUUUAUGGAAUGAAUUGUAUCCCCCCAUUCAUAUGUUGAAGCCCUAAAUCUAAUGUGACUAUACUUGGAGAUAGGCCUUUAAAGGAGGAAAUUAGGGGCGCCUGGGUGGCUCAGUUGUUAAGUGUCUGCCUUCGGCUCAGGGCGUGAUCCCAGCGUUCUGGGAUCGAGCCCCACAUUGGG